AUGUCAAUUCCCACCAACGUCGAUGCGAUCACUAUAUCAAAGACGGGAGGUAUUGAAGUAAUCGAGAAGACGACAGUCAAACUCGACGACGAUCCCAGCCAUAUAAUAGUCAAAGUUGAGUACUGUGGUGUCAACUUCAUCGAUAUAUACCAUAGGCAAGGUGUAUUCCCGUUGAAAGAAUUCCCUGCCGUACUAGGCAAGGAGGCCGCCGGCACCAUUGUCCGUUUGCCUUUAGCCUCAGAUGUACUGGAGAACGAGGAUUAUCAGAAACGGGGAUACAAAGUUGGGGAUAUAGUCGCAGUGGAUUUUGUUCCAGCGGGCGCAUUCGCGACAUACGUGUCACUACCUUUCAAGACCGUCUACCGUGUAGGCUCUUCUGUCACCUCCCUGACUGCAGCCGCCUCGCUCGUUCAAGGACUCACCGCUGUGACAUUCUUCGAAGAGGCUUACCAGGUUAAGAAGGGCGACACUAUACUGAUCCACACCGUCGCUGGUGGCCUGGGUCUACUGUUUACUCAGCUAGCCAAGCAUCGAGGUGCGACGGUGAUUGGGACGACAUCGACGUCAGAGAAGGCAACCCUGGCGAAAUCGUACGGCGCAGACUACGUCAUAUUGUACAAGAGCGAAGAUACGGUAACAAGGGUGCUUGAGAUUACCAACGGAGAAGGUGUCAACGCAAUCUUUGACGGCGUCGGGAAGGACACGUUUGACAAUAACUUCAAGAUGAUACGGAGGAAGGGAACUAUCGUUGUAGUUGGAAAUGCUUCGGGGUUGCCCGCUCCAUUUCCAGUACUGAAACUUGUAGAGAGGAACAUCACCAUUCUGCGACCAACAAUGAAUAACUACCUCUUCACACCAUCGGAGACAUUGAAUUACGGCAAUGUGUUGUUUUCAUUGAUUGCUCAGGGAGUCAUCAAGCUCAAUGUAGUUAAAGAAUUGCCAUUCACUGCUGAUGGUGUGAAGCAAGCUCAGAAGGAUCUGGCAGGUGGAAUAACCACUGGGAAACUGGUAAUUAAAGUAGAGUAG